UCUAAACACUCAACAGUCACUAUUAGCAUGAUAUCCAAUUGAUAUUCGUGAUUGGAGCUACCAGCCUGUAGGUUGGCUUAGCGCCUCCCCGGACGGUGUCAAACUUUCGCCAUGUCUUCAGGUCAUCUCUUACGUUUCUCGAAAGGUGAGGUCACUAUUGAUCUGUUCGUCCGAGUAAAGAUCUCGGAUUACACUCAUCCUCAUACCCGAGGUCGGUUCCGGGGAGCACUCUGCAGUAUAAAGGCUGUACGAAGUUUGAGCUUUACGAUCGACUCAGCUUUUUAGGUAGGCUGCACCCUUAGUAGUAUGAUUUUGGCUGCUGCUACUCUCCUGGGUCUUGCGCUCCGCGGUGCUGCUUGCGCGGGUGAUCACUUGCGCGCUCGUGACGGUCAUGUUCAUGAAAGGCGUGCGUACCCACCGGUUCCACUUGCACCACCCUCCCGCCCUCUCGUCUGGGGGGACUUGAAUGUGAUACACACCACCGAUAGCCAUGGCUGGCUGCUCGGGCACCAGAAGUCAUCUUGGGCUGAACCAUACUACAGUGGGGAUCUUGGAGACUUUUCUAGCUUUGUGACUCACAUGAAGCAAAUUGCUAUUGAUAAGGACGUCGACCUUCUUUUGAUAGACUCAGGUGAUCUUCAUGAUGGAACUGGUGUUUCUGAUGGCUAUCCCCCUGGUGGUGUUGAUGCUCAUGAGUCAAACAAGUUCCUCGAGCGCCUUCCUUAUGAUCUCAUGACCAUCGGAAACCACGAACUGUACGUUUAUGCGGAUACAUAUGACAUGUACACAAACUUUGUUCCCCAUCUCGCUGGGCGGUACUUGACCUCUAACGCCAAUAUCACUAUUUUCAACUCAGACGGCGAGGCUGAAAGUGUUCCAGUGGGCAACCGUUACACCAAGUUCACCACCAGGAAAGGCCGCCGCAUCACUUCCCUUGGAGUUCUAUUCAAUUUUACUCAGAACGAUGUGAACACGACGGUGCAAAGCGUUGAGAAUAUGGUCAAGGAGCAGUGGUUUGCUGAGGCUAUCGCAGAAGAGCCUGACGCCUUUGUAUUUCUUGGACACAUGCCAGUUGCUGAUGACAGCUGGCCUACUGUUUUCAACGCUGUGCGGGCUGUGCACUCUCUGACGCCCAUCCUAAUUUUUGGAGGACACACCCACAUCCGUGAUUGUCAACAGUAUGAUGGUCGUUCUAUGGCUCUCGAAAGCGGACGCUACAUGGAAACAGUCGGCUGGAUGAGUGCGAACCUUGAUGCUGCCAAGGGCAACGACAACAAUGUUUCUUUCACGAGGAGAUAUCUUGAUCAGAACCGUGUGACCUACGAGUACCACACCCAAACCUCAAACAAAACAUUUGACACUGACGAGGGGCAAUCGAUCACUGACGGCCUGCAGAAGCUCGCGGCCAGUUUCGAUUUGUCCUACCUGUAUGGAACGGCCCAGCAAGAUUAUACCAUGAAUCAGUGGGUGCCCCUUAGGAACCCAUAUCCUUCCGACGGAUCUCUUCUAUCUCUUUUCAUUGAAGAAGUUGUCCCAUACACACUCGCCAUUAACAACACCCGCGCUUCCAUUCCCAACAUAAUUAUCUGCAAUUCGUAUGCUCUACGCUUCGACCUCAUGAAGGGUUCAUUCACCAAGGACGAUCAACUAACCGUCAUGAAUUAUAAGGAUGAAUUCUUAUACAUCGCCAAUGUCCCAUCUAGCCUCGCAAACCAAGUGCUCCCCGCCUUGACUGGCCCAACAACGACACGGAAGCGAGAUGAUGCUGAGGAGGACAUUUGGAGCCACGAGGUUGUUGAUGUUCGGUACAGAGCCUGGCUGGAGGAGAUGGACCGCCGUGCUGGAUUGGGUAGACGAGAAGCGAUGGCAGGCAAUUUGACAUAUGGAUAUGUCACGAAAGAUUCAUGCUCUGGCGCUGGUCAUGCAGACGACACACUGCACAUGGCGUUGCCUUACUACGAAAUUCCACGCUACAUUGGCUCGAACCCCCCUAACGUGACAGCCGACACGCCUAUUGACCUUGUCUUCCUCGACUACCUUGGAAAGAAGAUGGUCGGCAUCCUCAACGGCUUGCAGAAGGAUAAGACCUAUACUAUGGAUGAUGUUUCAUCGUACAGUCCGACGCUGACUAGCGUAAUGCUGGGCAUGUAUGCUGAGGCCAAGUGGAACUGA